AUGGCACGCGCUGUGUCCGAGGAGGGAGCGCUGGUGGCGGUCAUUGCGGAUGAGGACACGAUCACGGGCUUCCUGCUGGCCGGCGUCGGCGACGUCGACCUCCGAAAGCGCACCAACUUUCUCAUUGUGGACGGGAAGACCACCGUGCGCCACAUCGAGACGAGCUUCAAGGAGUUUUCUGCGCGGGACGACAUCGCAAUCAUCCUGAUUUCGCAGCCGAUUGCCAACAUGAUCCGCCACGUGAUUGCGAACCACAAUAAGCCCAUCCCUGCUGUCCUGGAGAUUCCCAGCAAGGAUGCCCCUUAUGACCCCAACCAGGAUUCUCUGCUGAUCCGCGUGAAGCACCUUCUGGGCCUCGCCUGA